AACACUUUUACUAUAAAAUCACAUAAGAAUCUCUCUAUGUUCUUCUUCUCAAGAACUUCGACAGAAAAAACCAGAAUCUCUCUCUGAUAUUCAAUGGCGAAAUCCAAGAACAAUGCAAAGAAGUUAUCAUACAUAUCAGUUCCAUCACAAAUCAUAAACUCCAUUUCAUCUUCUUCUCUUCAAUCUCUCAUUGAUUCUCCAAAAAAAUCUUCAAGAACUUCAAUCUUCACCACAAAAUCAUCAAUCUGGUUUCUUACUCUAUUUCUUUUUGGAUUCCUUGGUAUGUUCACGAUUGGUUUCAAAACUGACACCCCAUUUCCUCAAAAACCAUGUUCAACAACUCACCAAAAGCUCUCAAUCUCAAAUCAUCAUUCAAAAUCCAAACUUGGUAUUGCUAGUGUUCUCUUAAAGAAAGAGAGAAAAAGUUUUAGAAAUGACCAUAAAGAUGAGUUUUUUGUUUCUCAUGUUGAACUUGGAGCAAAAGGGUCUAGUGGAAUUGAGAAAAAGAGUGAGUUUUGGAAGAAACCAAAUGGUUUGGGAUAUAAACCAUGUUUGAGUUUUAGCAGUGAUUAUAGGAGGCAAAGUGAAAGAGUUUUAAAGGAGAGAAGAAAGUAUCUAAUGGUUGUUGUUUCUGGAGGGAUGAAUCAGCAGAGGAAUCAGAUUGUUGAUGCUGUUGUUAUUGCUAGGAUUCUUGGAGCUUCUUUGAUUGUUCCUAUUUUGCAAGUCAAUGUUAUUUGGGGUGAUGAAAGUGAAUUUGGUGAUAUAUUUGAUCUAGAACACUUCAAAAAAGUUCUAGCAAAUGAUGUGAGAGUGGUUUCAGCAUUGCCAUCAACACACCUGAUGACAAGGCCAAUGGAAGGAAGGCCUCCACUUCAUGCCACUCCCAGUUGGAUCCGUUCGAGAUAUCUCAGACGACUCAAUAGAGAAGGCGUUUUGCUUUUACGCGGCUUGGAUUCAAGGCUUUCGAAGGAUCUUCCUUCUGAUCUUCAGAAGCUUAGAUGCAAGGUUGCUUUUAAUGCAUUAAGGUUUGCGGAGCCGAUUGAGAAACUCGGCAACAAGAUUGCGGAGAGAAUGAAAAGCAAAGGACCUUACCUUGCUCUACAUUUAAGAUUGGAGAAAGAUGUAUGGGUGAGAACUGGUUGUCUACCUGGUCUAAGUCCUAAGUAUAAUGAGAUUGUAAACAAUGAGAGGAUACAAAGACCAGAGCUCUUGACUGCAAGAUCAAACAUGUCUUACCUUCAAAGAAAAAUGGCUGGUUUUUGUCCUUUGAAUGCUAGGGAAGUUACAAGGCUACUAAAAGGUCUAGGAGCUCCAAAAGAUGCAAAAAUUUAUUGGGCUGGAGGGAAACCAUUGGGUGGAAAAGAAGCAUUGCUUCCAUUAAUCCAAGAGUUUCCUAAUUUUUACAACAAGGAAGAUCUUGCUCUGACAGGAGAAUUACAACCUUUUGUAAAGAAAGCUUCUCUAAUGGCUGCCAUAGAUUACAUAGUCUCUGAAAAGAGUGAUGUUUUCAUGCCAUCUCAUGGAGGAAAUAUGGGCCAUGCAAUUCAGGGUUACAGGGCAUUUACGGGACACAAGAAAUUUAUAACUCCAAACAAGAGACACAUGCUUCCUUAUUUUCUAAGUUCUUCACUCUCUGAAGAAGAGUUCAACAGGAUAAUCAAGGAACUGCACCGGAACUCGUUGGGGCAGCCAGUGCAGAGGACUAAUAAGCGUGGAAGGGAUGUUACCAAGUAUCCUGUCCCUGAGUGCAUGUGUAAUAAUCACUCACAUUCUCAAUCCUGAUUUACAAAUUAACACCAAAGCUUUUGGUACAUGAAUGUUACAGUGCAACUGAACAAGGUAUCGAUUGCUAUUUUGGACGGUUGUUGCAUUUCGUAGAUUCUAUGUUGCAUCGACACUCCAAGUUAAAAGCAUGUCUGAUGUCUUACAUGUUUCGUGUCUAGCACCACCGACACGACGACGACAUGUUUUUAGUAGUUUAUAGAACAGAUCAUUUUUUGAUUCUUCAUACAAAGUAUUCUCUUUUUUCUGUGUGAUUCUGGUUACUACGUUGUAUAGAUAAUUGUGGAUAUUUGUAUAAAUUACAAUAGAUAGAGAAUACAAGUUAGAAGAAAAACACUGUAAAAGUUGUGAUGGUUGGUUGUUUCAGAAAGGUUAAAAAUGUGCAAUAGAAAGUUACCUU